AAUCAAACCAAGUUUGAAUUAUUUCCUGAAAUUUACAAUUUAGACAAAGCACCUAAGCAUCUUUUCAUUCACAAAAGAGUGUUGAUUCUAGUACAUCUGAACCUGGAGACGAAGAUUUCUGAAGCAUUGGUCACCUCAGGGAAUGGGGCAGGAAUGUCAAAUUUACAAUUUGAUAACCUCUUCCACCAAUGAUGAUUCUAUACACAGAAGAUGCCAGUGAGACAGAUAUGGCCAAGCAGCAGACAGAAUAUACAGAAAUCAAGGAACAGAUGUACCAGGACAAGCUAGCACACCUCAAGAAGCAGCUGCAACAACUUCAGGAAGGAACACUGCCAGAAUACAUCAAGAAACGGCGUAAGAUUGACCAACAGUUUAAGGAGCGCAUGAGAAUCAAUGAAAUCUGGAGAGAAUAUGAGCUUGAGGUUGUUGAUAAGGACUACAUUAUUGAGAAGAAAAUUGCAGCAAAUGAUUUUGAAGACAAAAAAGUUGACUUGAAGGAACACCUGAUUGCUGACUACGAGGAAAAGAAAAGAAAUAUUGAGAAUGAGAGGAGCUCUAUUGACUUGAUGGGAGGUGAGUUAGGAUUCCUGUUGUCAGACUCCAUGGAAGUGAAACCAAUUACCACAAGGAAACUACGGCGGCGACCCAAUGACCCCAUUCCUCUGCCAGAGAAAAGACGGAAACCUUCACCUGCUCAGCUGAAUUUCUUUCUGAGCGACGAUGAUAUUAAUGACGACCUACGCAUCAUUAACAAAGUCAGUGGGAAACCAAUCAGCAAGAAGACGAAUCUAAUGCAGAGUCCUCUGGAGACGACUGUGGAGGCCAGGAUCGAUGAUGGACGACUCUACUACGACAAACGCUGGUUCCAUCGAAACCAGCCUGUGUUUGUGGAAUGUCGAGACAGUGCAAACUUCAAUGGUGUAAUCACAGCCAUUGGUACCCAAGAGAUUUAUGUUCGAAAGAUUGAGGAUAACUUUAAAAUCCGAAUCUACGUGUCCCAGCUUCAGAAGGGACGGUACAUGUUACGAAGGCGGUCAACGUGAUGGCGUUCUUCUCAUUUCAUUCAUCUGUAAUCAUCAGUAAUAAAUGUAAUAAAUGUUCAUGUAAAUAAAA